AUGGAAGACCCUGAUUGGAUGCGCUUCAGAAAAGACGACGGUCGCGGCGGAGGCUCCAUGUGGCGGCGAUUCAAACACGCCCUCGGCUACUAUGGUGCCCGGAAGAAGUUUCUGAAAAGAAGAACAAAACUUGUUUCUAACGAUCCUGAUGAAUCACUGAAGCUUUUAGAUUAUAAACAUGGCCACAUGAAUGGUUCAGAGUCAGGGAAAGGGAAUUCUUGGAGUGAUCAGUUAAAUUAUAAUGCCAAUUCAAGAUUAAUGAAAUCUGGGUCUUAUCCCCCACCUGGAAGCAAGAGAAGAGGAGGGUAUAAACCUAGUGCCCUUAAAGAGAAGGAGAUUGAAGUUUGGGUUUCAGUAAAUAGUGGAACUGAAGAAAGUUGCAGAAAUGUAAGAACAGGACUAGAAAAACUCAGAAGCACUACUUCUCUGGAUGAUUCAUCUGCAGAUAAGUAUACUAGGUUGUUUGGGCCUAGUUUUGGGAAGGAAAAGGUGUUGCAGACUUGUAAGAGCUUGAGUGUGAGAAAGGAGCUGGAGAUACCCUUUCUUCCAUUAAGAAGGAUCCGGUCUGUUUCGAGCGCUGAAUCCAUUAAUUUGCACCAAGUUGAGUCCCCUCGUUCCUCCUCCUUUGCACACCAUUAUCUGUUAUCUGUCCCAGAAGAGGGCAGUGCAAGUUUAGUCGGGGAGAAGCCAGGGAGAAGCCGAGAGAAAAUUGAGUCGAUAGAUGAUGUGUUUGAAGAGUUAAUAGUACUGGACAAGAGUGACUCUUCUGGAGGAGAAGAGGAUUUUAUCAAUCUUUUUCCUUCUGAUAUAGAACAAGUAUCUGCAGCCUCUAAAAUCUCAGAAGGUUCAGAGGACGAUUUUGUAAUAAACUCGAACGAGAGUUUGAAUACAGGUUCUCUGUCGCUGCAGAAGUUCGAAACUACUAAAAAACCGAGUCAUACGAAUCCAGACAUAAGCUACAUAAUGCAUCUUCUUGAGAAUUCAGGCUUAACUACUCUCAAUUUGUUCUUGAGAGAGCAGCCAUUGAUGAGCCCUUCGCUGUUUAAAGAAAUCGAGGCUUUGUGGCACGAAGAAGGCGAGGAAUGCUGUCAUCAUCGGAUGCUGUUUGACUUGGCGAAUGAGGUGUUGGUUCAUAUGUGUGACAGAUCAUUGACAUAUUACCCGAAAGCCCUAUCUUCGUGGUGUCGUGUUCGUUCAUUGCCACCGGAAAACCGGGUGUCUGAGGUGGUGUGUGGCAGCAUUAGCAGCUGGCUAAGGUUGUCAGAUGAGGUGAAGAAGACAACUGAUGGUGUAGUUGGGCAUGAUUUGGAGAAAGAUGAUGGUUGGAUGAACCUGCAAUUGGACAGUGAGGAUGUAGCACUAGAGCUAGAGGACAUGACUUUUGAUGAUGUUUUAGAUGAGCUGAUCUUUGAUGAUCUCUUAGAGGAAUUCUUUGAUGUUAAGUUAUAGAAAUUAUAGUUCUUGUUUAAAUUUGCAAUUACCGAGGGGACUAACUGGGAUGAUGAUUCAUAGGUAUUUGUACUCUUUGUUCGUUGUACAUCAAACAUAGAGUUCUUCAUACAUAAACAUGGAUUGUUUGAUU